GGUUUUUUAAACCAGACAGGAAAAGAACAAGUUAUUCACUUUUUUGUUCUUUCUUUUUCUUCUUCUUUUUCUUUUUUUUUUUUUCUUUCUUUCUCUUUUUUGUGCUUUGGAUACUACUGAACAAGGAGUCUCAGGGAUUCGCACGAUCGGACUUCAUUGAAUCAGGCUGCAUCUGACAAACAAUCUCGUCUGCAUUUUGGUUUGCUAGAGAUCAACCGGGAUUUUUUCUGAUUCUAUCUUCUUUUGAAAAAAGGAUGCAUGGCAUAGAAAGAAGGUCUAAGUGCCUGUCUGAGACUAUUUUACUGAACCUAGGAUAAAUGUUACUUCUCAAAGGUACUGCUGCGUGAUUUACAAUGGAAAAAUUGUUCUGCAGCAUCCUGGUGUUUGGAAUGGCUGUCACAGUCAAUGCUUGUCCCAAAUAUUGUGUCUGUCAGAACCUGUCUGAGUCACUGGGGACUUUAUGUCCCUCCAAGGGUCUCCUUUUUGUGCCGCUGGACAUAGAUCGAAGGACUGUUGAACUCCGUCUUGGGGGCAACUUUAUUAUUAAUAUCAGCCGACAAGAUUUUGCCAAUAUGUCUGGACUUGUUGACCUUACUUUGUCCAGAAACACCAUCAGUUACAUACAGCCCUACUCUUUCACCGACUUGGAGAGCCUUCGGUCUUUACAUCUGGACAGCAACAGACUACCUGACAUUGGAGAGGAUAUUUUGAGAGGUUUAAUUAACCUUCAGCAUUUGAUUUUAAACAACAACCAGCUAAGCAGCAUUUCUGAUGAAGCCUUUGAGGAUUUUUUGCUGACAUUGGAAGACUUAGACCUUUCCUACAAUAACCUCCGAAGCAUUCCCUGGGAAUCUAUAAGAAAGAUGAUAAACUUGCACCAGCUCAGUUUAGAUCACAACCUGAUAGAUUAUAUAACAGAGGGGACAUUUGCAGAUCUUCAGAAACUGGCCCGAUUGGAUCUAACAUCCAACAGACUGCAGAAGCUUCCCCCUGACCCUAUAUUUGCCAGAUCUCAAGUAAUUCCAUUAGCCGUUACCCCAUUUUCUCCACCUUUGUCUCUCAGCUUUGGGGGCAAUCCACUGCAUUGCAACUGUGAGUUACUGUGGUUAAGGCGACUUGACAGAGAUGAUGAUAUGGAAACUUGUGCUUCUCCUCCAGGUCUAAAGGGAAGGUACUUCUGGUACGUACGGGAAGAAGAAUUUGUUUGUGAGCCUCCUCUUAUCACACAACAUACUCACAAGCUGCUGGUUUUAGAAGGGCAAACUGCUACGCUGAAAUGCAAAGCCAUUGGGGAUCCCACUCCCAUCAUUCACUGGGUAGCCCCUGAUGACCGUCUGAUCGGAAACUCUUCGAGGACGGCUGUCUAUGACAAUGGCACCUUAGAUAUACUCAUCACCACCUCCAAGGAUUAUGGAACUUUCACAUGCAUAGCAGCCAAUGCUGCUGGAGAGUCCACUGCAACAAUUGAACUCUCAAUUGUUCAGCUUCCCCAUCUCAGCAAUGGCACAGGCCGAUCAGCUCCCCCGAAAUCCAGGCUCUCCGACAUCACCAGCUCCACCAAGUCAAAUCGUGGGGAAACAAAAGGCCCACCAGAAAGGGCUGUCCUGGUGUCAGAUGUGACCACUACCUCAGCUUUGGUCAAGUGGACAGUGAGCAAGUCGGCCCCUCGGGUAAAAAUGUAUCAGCUGCAGUAUAACUGCUCGGAUGAUGAAGUCCUGAUCUACAGGAUGAUACCAGCUACAAACAAGGCCUUUGUUGUAACCAACCUUGUUUCCGGAACAGGCUAUGACCUCUGUGUCCUGGCAAUGUGGGAUGACACAGCCACGACCCUUACUGCCACCAAUAUAGUGGGAUGCGCCCAAUUCUUCACCAAAGAAGACUACCCUCAGUGCCAGUCAAUGCACAGUCAGUUCCUGGGUGGGACCAUGAUUCUGAUCAUUGGAGGCAUCAUUGUGGCAACUCUGUUGGUGUUCAUUGUAAUACUCAUGGUCCGCUAUAAGGUCUGCAACAAUUCUCAAGGGAAGAUGUCUAAUGUCAGCAAUGUCUACUCACAGACAAAUGGAGCACAACCAGUUCAGAAUGGAGUCCUGCCCCAAGUCAAUCCCAAAGUGGUGGUGAGGAAUGAACUUAUGGAGUUUAACUGUCAGUCUGCACGGAGUAGCAUCUCCUCUUCCUCCAGCUCUGCAAAUAGUCGUGACUGUGACAACUAUAGCCUCCAAAGUGAACAGGGCACAUUGUCCAGUAAAUGGAGGCCUCCUUCCAGGUCAAAACACAAUAUUGACCGGCUAAUGGGAGCUUUUGCCUCCCUGGAACUGAAAUGUCAGAAAAAGGAGGAAAUGACAGACUCCAGAACUUCCACGGUGGCCCGCCACUCGGACAAAGAGCCACUGCUGGGCCAGACGGAGUCAAAAUUACGCAGCUUCCUCAUGUUGCCUCUAGAGGGCAAAACCAAACGUAGCCAUUCUUUUGACAUGGGGGACUUUGCUACAUCUCAGUGUUGCACCUACCCAAAAAAGAUAACAAACAUUUGGACAAAGAGGAGCCUCUCAGUCAACGGCAUGCUUUUGCAGUAUGAUGACAAUGACCUAACAGGGGCAAAAGGGACUUUCGGGAGCUCAGAGUGGGUAAUGGAAAGCACGGUGUAAAUAUCAGUGUCUCCCCCCUCCUCUUCUCCCUUCAUAGGUUAUAAAGCAUGGUUUGCUUCAGGGCCAUGCAAUUGGAAAGAGAGUGGAGGAAAUGUUUUCAAUUGUACUGGCCAAAAAGAUAGACAAGCAAGUAAGUAACAGGGAUACUAAAAGAGCAAGAAGGUCAUGAAAUGUGAAUAGGCACGUAUGGCACCAUUCCUGUCUGGGCCCAACUAAACCAUGUGUGAAUGUUUCAAGGAAUUUGCUAGUUGUAUUUAGCAUUACUUUCCAAAAGUUACUUAGACUGUUGGUGAACCAUCACACAAGAUUAAACAAGGAGGAUGAAAAGGGGUUUAACAGGAGAAAUUUAAUUUUACAGGGUUUCUUUUCUUUUUUCUUUAAUUUUUUUUUAAAGGGCACCUCUUUCUUUUCUUUCAAACACAGAAAUACACUUCUGUGGAUAUGACUGGUGCUAGGAUAUAUCUGGUUGUUAUUGCAAAUGAUUUUCUCAAAAGUGCAGGCAUGGCACCCACAGGGACAGAUAAAAGCAAAUUGUUCAGCAUAAUCUCAUGGUGUUAACUGUGACAUCUGGGCAAACAAUAUUUGUUGUUGAGUCGGCUUUUGGUUGGGAUUUAUUUACUUCUGUUCUGUUUUGAUUUUUAUGGUUUGAGUUGCUUUUUCCCCACAACAGAAAGUAUGUUUCCAUACAUUUUUUGGUUUUGUUUUUAGUCUCAUCAAAUCCCCCAGAUUAAAAGGAGGUAUGUACAAAGGUCAAAUUCCUGACGUACUGUAUAAUCCACCCCCAAUACCACCCUUUCUGUCCUAGAAAAAAUUAAAUCUAGGGACAAAUAAAUUAUAAAAAAAGAAAUCAUCCUCUUCCUUCUAUCUUCAUAGUCUCUGUUUAUCAAUGCUCAAGGCAGAUUGCAGCAGCUAUUGGUAUCUGUAAGGGUGUUGCUAUCAAAGAUGGGAAAAAUAGUUAUCAAGAUUUCCUACUAAAGGAUAAAGCAAGGGAAAACAAAAGUAGCUCUACAUUAUGAAUAUUAGUGGCUUCUAGUGAAGGUCACACUGCCACUCUAACUGCCAAAGAAAACACUGACCCUAUUGUGACAAAAGCUCCUUGUCCGUACAAUCACCGUGACACAGCUUGACUGUACCAAGUAGCGCCACAAGAAAAUUAAGUUUUUGUGUAUUUCAGGGGAUUGGGUAUGUUCCAAGUUAGCCACAGCAACUGAGUUCAAUUUGGGUAUCUCAGAGCAGAGGGUCUCCCAUGUGCCCCCUGCAUUACAUACAGCCCUUCCCCAGUCCCUGGUGUACUCCUGCUUCCCUGUCUCAUCCUCAGGAAGAUACUUGCUGACUAAUAACAGGAGCUGUUUAGGACUUGUAAACUGAUUCUCAGAUUAGUUUUUGGUAAGUGUUGCUGUGGCUGUAGAAAUACACAUGGCCAAUCCAGCUGAACUGAUUGUCCUUAACAAUUUUACUGUGAUUUCCAGCAUUCUGGUGGCUACUGCAACUGUCCUAUCAUUUGUUUAUUAAUUCUUUGGCUCUCAAUGAUCAGCUGUCGGGAACCAUUCUGAAAUUGCACAUUGUUACUAUUAUUUACAUCGAUUUUGUAAAAGAUAUGAAGAAAGGGUGCAAGGUACAGAGAAAAUAACACAUGAAAAAAACUUUAUGUAUAUUUUUUUUAAAGGUUCAGAGAUAUAUUGUGACAUGGCUGUGUACUUGAUCUUGUAUUCGUCAUGUUUCCUACUUGGAGUUUUAAAUAAUGA